UCUCUCUCUCUCUCUCUCUCUCCCCCUUUCUUAAAUUGACAUUGGUCUGGCUCGAAACAUGAUAACAGAAAAGCCUUCCUCCGCUCCGCGUUGUCGGUCCGUCCUCAAUCCCGAUCACUUGAAACUCAGAUAAGCAGGCGUGAAGAGGAGAGGAGAGGAAAAAGGGGGAUCGCACAGUGUCCUAUCAGCGGGAAUAACAAGAGACCUUUAUAUACCAACACUCACACUCACUCACCCACCCUCGUCUAUGUGCUCUUCUUGCGCAUCGCAGAUCUUAGAAAGUGCUCGUGUUCAACUGGAGUGAAAGUUAACAUGUAUAUGCACGCUUUGAUACGCGCCAGCCUUGGAUUUGUUGGUCUCUGCUUGGUCGCCUUUGUCCAACAGUCAGCUUCAGGAAGUAAAACCACUCAAGAUGUGGACGAGUGUGCAGAGGCGCUUGACAACUGCAGCAUCGAUGCCAUCUGCCAGAACACCCUGAAGUCAUACAAAUGUAUCUGCAAGUCAGGCUAUAAAGGGGAUGGCAAACAUUGUGAAGAUGUCGACGAGUGUGCGACUGAAUACAACGGCGGCUGCGUCCACGAGUGCAUCAACAUCCCAGGAAAUUACAGGUGCACAUGCUAUGAUGGCUUCCGCUUGGCACAUGAUGGGCACAAUUGUCUAGAUGUGGACGAGUGCUCAGAAGGUAACGGAGGAUGCCAGCAGAUUUGUGUCAACAUGAUGGGCAGCUACGAGUGCCGUUGCAGAGAAGGAUUCCUCCUGAGUGACAACCAGCAUACCUGCAUCCAAAGACCUAAAGCGCAACCAGAAGGUACAAAGGAGGGACCCACCUGCAUGGACAAGAAUCACGGCUGUGCACACAUCUGUAGGGAAUCGCAGAAGGGUGGCAUCUCCUGUGAGUGUCGACCUGGAUUCCAGCUCACGCGUAACAUGAAGGACUGCAAAUUGACAUGUAACUACGGUAAUGGGGGUUGCCAGCACAUCUGCGAGGAGACGGACCACGGCCCCAGGUGUUCGUGCCACAUGAAGUUUGUCCUGCACAGCGAUGGAAAGACUUGUGUAGGGGAGAGGAGUGUCCAGUCCCAGGCAGCCCCACAGCUGUUCCCCAAUGAGACCUGUGCAGUGAACAAUGGCGGCUGUGAUAGCACAUGUCAUGAUUCAGUGACUGGAGUCCGCUGCAGCUGUCCCGUUGGCUUCACUCUGCAGCCGGACCGCAAGACCUGCAAAGACAUUGAUGAGUGCCGUCUUAACAACGGGGGGUGUGAUCACGUGUGUCGAAACACAGUGGGCAGCUUUGAGUGCAGCUGCAAGAAAGGUUACAAGCUGCUGACCAAUGAGAGAACUUGUCAAGACAUCGACGAGUGCUCUUUUGAUCGCACCUGUGACCACUUCUGCAUCAACUCCGCCGGCAGUUUCCAGUGCCUCUGUCACAAAGGCUACGUCCUCUACGGCCUGGCACACUGUGGAGAUAUCGAUGAAUGCAGUAUAAACCGUGGAGGUUGUAAAUAUGGCUGCAUCAACAGCCUGGGGAGCUACGAGUGUACCUGUCCAGCAGGGUACAAGCUGCACUGGAACAGGAAAGACUGUGUUGAGUUGAUGAAAUGUCCUCUAGGACUGGUGGCGCCAAAGGCCACUCUGACCUGUAGCAAGACGGGCAAGAAAGAGAGCUGCUCUCUCACCUGUGCCUCUAAGGCUCACUAUCUGGCAGAGUCUGACAGCAGCUACUCAGUCAGCUGUGGUAUCCCCAUCUUCAGAGGGAAGUCUCCUGCCAGGCUCAACUCCAGCAGUAGUCAGAGCUGCAUAGAGGCUUUGGCUCCUCCAGUGAAGCAGACGGCUUCUUUCAAGAUUAAAAACGCCAAAUGUCACCUGCACCCGAGGCUGACAGGCAGGACGGAGGACAGAGGACGGACACUUGGACCAGGAGGGGGGCAGCCCUGCAGCAACUGCCUGGUGACAUUUGUCAACCUCAAAUGUGACUCCUCUAAGAAAACUAAAGGGCGACGUGCUCGCAACCCCGCUAACAAAGAGGUGACACGCAUUACUUUGGAGCUGGAAGCUGAGGUCAAACCUGGAGACACGACAGGGAGUUGCAAUCUCAGCUGCCUGAGGCAGCGCAUGGAGAAGCAGGUUAAGACGUAUAUCAAGGCUUUGAAGAAGUCGAUCAACCAGGAGCGCUUCCUGAUCCGAGUCGCUGGUUUGGAGUACGAAGUGGCCCAGAAACUUCCCCAGGCUACUCCCAGUGGGGAGAACUGUGGCCCGGGCUGGGAGAGGGAAAGUGGCCGAUGUGUCAGAUGCUUGUCGGGGUCUUACUACCACGGUGAGCAGGAGCGCUGUGUCCAGUGUCCGCCUGGCACUUUCCAGGAGAAGGAGGGGCAGCUGGCCUGUGACCUCUGCCCCGGCAGUGACGGCCACGGACCUGUCGGGGCACGAAACAUCUCCUCCUGUGCAGGCCAGUGUCCAACGGGGUCCUUCUCCAGCGAUGGGUUCAAACCUUGUUCGGUGUGCCCUCUGGGCUCCUACCAACCAGAUUUGGGACGGACCCUGUGCUUCCCGUGCGGGGGAGGACUGGGCACCAAGCGGGAAGGUGCCAGCUCCUUCCAUGAUUGUGAAGUCAAAGUUCAGUGCUCUCCAGGUCAUUACUACAACACCACAGUACACCGGUGUAUCCGCUGCCCAUUGGGGACGUAUCAGACAGAGUUUAGACAGAACUACUGUAUUACCUGCCCUGGGAACACCACCACUGAUUUCGAUGGUGCCACAAGUGUCUCGCAGUGCAAGAACAGGCAAUGUGGUGGCGAGAUGGGUGAAUUCAUGGGUUACAUUGAGUCUCCCAACUAUCCCGGUAAUUACCCUGCUAAUGUCGAGUGCAUUUGGAACAUCAACCCGCCCAGCAAGCGCAAGAUCUUAAUUGUGGUGCCGGAGAUUUUCCUGCCCUCGGAGGAUGAGUGCGGAGAUGUGCUGGUUAUGAGGAAGAACUGGUCGGCUACAUCCAUCACCACCUACGAGACAUGCCAGACGUACGAGCGGCCCAUCGCCUUCACAGCUCGCUCCAGACGUCUCUGGAUUAACUUCAAAUCCAAUGAGGCCAACAGCGCCAGAGGCUUUCAGAUCCCCUACGUUACUUAUGAUGAGGACUAUGAACAGCUCGUAGAGGACAUAGUGCGAGAUGGAAGACUCUACGCCUCAGAAAACCAUCAAGAAAUCCUCAAGGAUAAAAAACUGAUUAAGACUCUUUUUGAUGUGCUGGCUCACCCAAACAACUACUUUAAGUACACCACUCGGGAGUCCAACGAGAUGCUUCCUCGCUCCUUCAUACGCCUCAUAAGCAGCAAAGUCUCUGCUUUUCUGCGACCAUACAAGUAAAGCCUACACAUCUGCUGAAGCACCGGAUCGUGACCCCCCCUCCCCGACGUCCCCCUCCACCUUACAGGCUAUAUCCAGUAACUCUCACAGGACUGAAACACAAGACAUACAAGUAUGUUUACCCUUUCUUAUUUUCCAUAGGCUUCGACAAUAAACACUAUGCAGACCUGAGAAAUAAUGAAAAUUUGUGUUAUAGGUUUUUUGUCAGUUUCCAUUCAGCGCAGGUCUGCAACCCCGAGCUCAAGCAUUUAGUGGGGAUGCAGAGUUUGUGAGUGGGUUUGGUUUCUGUUGUGCAAUGAAACCACAAAACCAAUAGAGACGCCUAUUUCAGACAGUAGGAGUGAUGUUUUGCGUGCACGGUUUGAGCUUGAUGGAGCUUGUUAUUGUAUUCGCUUAAAUGAGCGGUGUGAGUUCCAACUCCUACCAUUAAGUAUGACUGUAAGUGUUGUGUAAGUGUUGUGUAACCCUAGUUCCAUCUUCAGUGUCUGUGUGCUGUCCUCGAGGAGGAGCAGUUGUUAAAUUCAUGUCGCAGCUGCGUUCCAGGUCAUUCAAAGCCUUACUAUAUUUGAGCUCUUAGAGCAGUUUCCAAGGGUUUUACUGUUAAAACAGUUAAUCUGUGUUUUUGUUCCGUCUGUCUAGACUGUACCAGCGUUUUCCAACCUUCAGAUAAUUUCUGUUGCUCUUUUUUUUAAGCCAACUUAAUGCAAAUAAAAACAGGUGGUUUAUCAUUCCAGGAACAUCGUAGACAUUUGGGAGAUGAACAACAAACUAAAUUGUAAGAGCCACAGAAAUGAGAUAACGUGAUGUCUAGUGGAACAUGUCUCAGAGAGAGAGCGAGAGAGAGAGAGAAAUGUCUUUGAGGGACAUUAUGUUUGCUGCUUCUUUUAAAAGGUCACUUUAAUUCUUCAAUCUCAUAUUGUCUUUCUGAUGUACUCUACACACUAAUAGUCUCUAGUUUUAAAAGGAAGCUCCACAUCUGUAAUACUUUAGUUCUUACACACAGUAAGUUGAAAAUCUCACAUUGCCUGUCUGAACUACCAGUUUUAUUGUGUUUUUAUUUCAAUCUUGUAAAUAAUGAAAAUAAAUUAGACGAGGGUUGAAUUCUUUGAUCCUAAAUUUCUUACGCAGGACCCCUAAAAAUCACUUUCUGCCCUUGAUGUCCCACCCGUCUCAAAUCCAAAGACACCCAGUACCCCCUUUAAACACCCCAUUCACAUUUUGUUCUGUCCCAAUGAAGACAGCUCUUCCAAAGACCGCCCAAAAAGGGCGGGUCACUUUGUUUUGUGCACUAAAUUUAGAGCCCGUCAUCCUGCCUUUUUAGUACAAAGUGCAAUGAAUGAAAACAACACAUCUUAAUUUUGGUUACAGUCUAUUGUGACCCACAACAACACUUGUGAAAUGUGUUUUCGGCCGCAUUCUUGUUGAGACUCAUUGUAUUAAAUAUUUAUCAGUCACUAUGGGCAGAACAUGUUUAGGUUUCAGCGUGUAACUGCUCUCUUAUUCAGAGAAACACUAAAAAUGUAAAGUCUGUCAAGAAAUGUAAUAAAAAAAAAGGAGUUUUUGGUGUGUAGAAAAUAUUCUUUGCGAUUUCAAAACAGCAACCAAAACAGGGUAAAAUUAUUUUAAAAUCUAACACUUUGCAUCAUGUUAGGAUCUGACAAGUAGUUAAAGGAAUUGUUCGACAUUUUGGGAAAUAUGCUUAUUUUGCUUUCUAGCUGAGAAUUAGAUGAUUGAUACCACGCUCGUCUGAACAGUUAAUAUGAAGCUACAGCCAUGAGACAGUUCUGGAUAAUCCGCCUACCAACACGUUAAACAUCGUUUGUUUAAUCAGUGGUAGGGCUGCACGAUUAUGGCCAAAAUGCUUAUCACUGUUAUUUUGAUCAAUAUUGAGAUCAUGAUUAUUCAUAUAUUGUAGGGACAAAAUAUUUUUAUUGCAAAUUCACAUUUAAAUAAACCGAGCGCUGCUUUCAUGUCCAUGUUGUGCUACAGUCCAACCGUCAAAAAUCUAAAAUCCCUUACUUUGUUAUUGUCAUCUAUAGUGGUUAUUUAUAUAAAAACACAAUUCCAAUGAUUAGGAAAUAAAUUAUUUUAUUUUUAUUGAUAAAAAAAAUCUUGGAAUUAGUAAUUAAACUGAUUAAUUAGUUCUAAUUAUAUAUUAGAAGCUGCUUAGAGGAAGUGUUAGGAAGUUUAACAGGUCAUAUUUCUCUCUCUAUUUUAUAUUGCUGUGAGAACAUCUCCUUCAAACAACUGUAGUUAUUCAAGUUUCUCGCCAAAAAACAUUUUACAAGAUUACAUUUGAACGCAUCAUGGUAGCGUUAUAAUCUACCAUCGCCCGAUACUCAUUUUACCAAGUAGAGCUUGAACGCACCAUAAGCCCCAUAACGGAGCUGUGUAGUGUCAUGCUGUCAGCAGACGAGCCGGUCACUGCGAUCACUCUGAGCAGCAUCAUGGGAAUGAAUUACAAAAUAAUUAGUGUCUGAUUAAGAAAAAAAAACAUAUAUAACAAUAUGAGACCUACUGAAAACGUGCCGGCUUCGAUGGGCUUCUGAUUGACGGUGCAUCUCUAGCUUUUAGUUUAGGAAGCGCUUGAUUAAUGCAGCAGAGUGUUCUAUAAGCGGAGCAUUUUAAUGUCAAUAUCGCAGUCGAUCAAGCUCAUUUAAUUGCGAGAAGCGAAAAUCGUGAUUAAUCGCGCAACCCUAAUCGGUGGUUUUGGGUGGGGGAUAUGUGUUGCUCUAUUUCAUGGCUGGGGCGUCCCUGGAGUCUCUGCUUGUUGCCUAGCAACCUCAGCGACUCCAGGAAGGAUGCUCAGCAAGAAAGUGAAUAAAUAUUUCUCAAUUUAGGGACUAUUCCUUUAAAGUCAUUAGCACCACCACUGCAGUCAGAUUGGUACAGAUGACUGCAUGGUCACAAUGAUAAUCCCAACCCCUUAACCUGUAUAUUUGACCCUCUAAAUUGAGUUAAUGCUUGCUCUCUGAUAUAUAAUGAAUCUUUCGGGGAGUAUGCUUUGUCCCCACUCGUGUAAAUAAAUAUAAGUGAGAUGGUACACUUCAUAUCAUGUACCAAACUUUAGGACGACAAAGGGAUUUUGACCACAUUGUCAAACUUUAGGGCGAUGCUGGGCCAAGCCAUGAAGAACUCAUGUCAGUUUGAAAUUCUCCUAUACAGGUCUCACAUUAUGUCCAUUUAGUCUCCAUUAUGUCGGCGUCGUAGCGCGCCCACCCGGCCCUCAUUCCCCCUCCCACUAGAAUCAGCUUCUGUCCUGCAACCUGAUACAUUUUUUUUUUGUUUUUUUUUAAUUGUUGCCUUUUAACAAGAGUUUGCUAUGAUGUAUCAUAGAGUUGAUAAUGAUAUUUGCACUUGAAUUGUUAUUGCUCAUGUAAAGAAAUGUCUGGAUUUUGUAUUGUCUUUUUAAAUGAAUGGAAUUGGUGUUCUUAUUUUCUUGUAGCUUGUUUGUUCAUGAAAUGCUCACUCACCGUUUAGUCUAUAGAGAUGAUACAUAACAUUAUCAACUGUUAAAAAAAAAA